AUUGCGUUGAGGAGGUUCGGCGGGCAGGUAUUUUUGCCUGGCAAAAAUGGGUGAACCUCAGCAAGUGAGUGCCCUUCCUCCGCCUCCGAUGCAAUAUAUAAAAGAAUAUACUGAUGACAAUAUCCGUAAAGGCCUGGCUCCAAAGCCACCUCCACCUGUGAAAGACAGCUAUAUGAUGUUUGGUAAUCAGUUUCAAUGUGAUGAUCUGAUUAUUCGACCUUUGGAAAGUCAAGGUAUUGAACGGUUACAUCCUAUGCAGUUUGAUCACAAGAAGGAAUUAAGAAAACUUAAUAUGUCCAUUCUGGUUAACUUUCUGGAUCUUUUGGACAUCUUGAUAAGGAGCCCAGGGAGUAUAAAGCGAGAGGAAAAACUGGAAGACUUGAAACUGCUUUUUGUUCAUGUCCAUCAUCUUAUAAAUGAGUAUCGGCCUCACCAAGCUAGGGAGACGCUAAGAGUCAUGAUGGAGGUGCAGAAACGUCAGCGUCUGGAAACAGCAGAGCGAUUUCAGAAGCACUUGGAGCGAGUUGUAGAGAUGAUUCAGAACUGCCUGGCUUCCUUGCCUGAUGAUCUGCCUCAUUCAGAGGGAGGACUGCGAGUGAAAGUGGAAAAAAUGGAUACAGAUGAUAGCAGCAACUGUCUUGGGCAGAGUGAAAUGCAGAGAGAGCGUUCUGGUGGCAAGAGAGAUCAGGUUUUGGAUAAAGAUGCAGCUAUGUGUAGCAUUAUUGAUGAAAUGACGUGAGGAAAACACUAGCUUAUCAUAGUGAGAGGCAGAAUGUGUUGCAUUGGACAAGCAGACAAGGUGUUUAUUGUGCACUUGUUGGAGAUUGCGAGUGACUGAGCAGAUGACAAUGUUUUCUGUUACACUUCUGUUUGACACUUUUUGCUUUUUUUGAGUAUGUUGCUUUGUUUUUCCCAAUUGCUUUGUAGUGAGGAAGCCAGUCAGGGAUCUGGCCAAAAGGAAUUGCAUUUGGUAGUUCCUGCAUUUCAAAUAAGUGCUAGUUGUGUACAGUUUCAGUGGGUCCUUCCACCAAUGUGUAAUUCAGUGUUAAAAAUAAAAUGUA